AUGUUGUCCCUUUCCAACUGGAAUUUAGUUUUAGUGUUUGUAGUGUACCUACGACCUGUUAGUAGUCAGUGCAGACAAUCAUACAUCACAAUAUGUGACACUUUCGAAGAUUUCAGAAACCUGAGCGACACUGAAAAUGUAAGUGAUAUGAUGAUAGGCUCCGAAGAUGGACACACGAACAUGACCGCAGUCGAUUUGAUGAAAACGUUGCAGUUGAAUAAGUUCCACAAACUGACAACCCUGAUGAUUGUUCGAGCCAUCAAGCAUCUAGAAAUCACUGAAGAGUUUUACGAAUGUCGAUACGAAAACCUUUCUUUGCAGCAUUUAAUUCUUUAUGGAAAUGUCUUGAAAAGUGUUGAACCGUAUCAUUUUCCGAUCAUGGACCCUCUAAAAAGGUUAAGCCUUGUGAACAAUCAGAUCGAGUCAUUGAAGAAGUACGCCUUCAUCAAUCAUGACAUCGAGAAUUUUGAUUUAUCUGACAAUUUGUUAGAACUGAUCGAAGGUUCGUCAUUUCCGUUAUUUAGAUCGACUAGAGUGAUAACGCUGAAAAACAACAAGUUGACACAUAUCGAACCACGAAGUUUUCCAGAAAGUCUCGAAACGUUGCAUUUGGACAGAAACAGAUUGAGGUACAUACAGGAUGAGGUGCUUCAACCGUUAAAUAACCUGAAGGAAUUUACUUUGAGCCACAACAAUCUCAACAGCUUGCCGAAUAUAGAACCUCUGAAACAACUAGUUUCUUUCGACAUUUCUUACAACACUAUUAGUACCGUGAAGAAGGAUACGUUCAAAAAUAUGAAAAACUUAAAAUUUCUCGAUUUGAGCAACAAUCGAAUUAACAACCCCAUGAUUCUUAAGUGGAUAUAUACUCCCCAAGAGCAGCCAAAAUUAACCGUUUCUCUUGCUUUUAACAGACUGAAAGAUGUGGAUCUCCACGGAGGGGUUUCGCAAAAUCAGACGCUUGUUUUGUAUGGAAAUCCAUGGGAUUGUGAUAAAUGGCAUGAUUUACAAUCCAAGUUAAGUAGACAUGAAAGUGAAUGUGACAAGAAAUUUUCUGCUACUAACGAAGUUCCACAUUGUAUUAAUUAUACCAAUGUCAACAUUAAACCUGGAUUUGGUCGGGCUGGCAUGUUUGAACCUUACAUUGACAAAUUUCACAGUACCAUUAAGGGCAAUGAGAAAAUAGUUGGUUGUGUCUUGCAAGAGAGAAAGUAUGAAGUUUUGUUCACAAAAUUCACUGUUUGUGUGGCUUGA